UUCAAAUACGGGAAAAUUUCUUCCAAGCACAAUGGGAGCGUGAAGAAGGGGGUCAUCUUUGCGACUUAUUCUUCACUUAUCGGGGAAAGUCAGUCCGGCGGAAAAUAUAAAACCAGGCUGAAGCAGCUUCUUCAUUGGUGCGGAGAUGACUUUGACGGAGUGAUCGUGUUUGACGAAUGCCACAAGGCUAAAAACCUUUGCCCAGUUGGCUCAUCAAAGCCAACUAAGACAGGCUUGGCUGUUCUGGAACUGCAGAACAAGCUUCCAAAGGCCAGAGUUAUUUAUGCUAGCGCCACAGGUGCUUCAGAGCCCCGGAACAUGGCAUAUAUGAACCGCCUUGGGAUCUGGGGGGAAGGGACUCCAUUUAGGGAAUUCAGCGACUUUAUCCAAGCAGUUGAAAGACGAGGCGUGGGCGCCAUGGAAAUAGUUGCCAUGGAUAUGAAGCUAAGAGGAAUGUACAUAGCCAGACAGCUGAGCUUCUCCGGGGUCACCUUCAAAAUAGACGAAGUUCAUCUUUCUCAGCACUACGUCAAAAUGUAUAAUAAAUCUGUGAAAAUGUGGGUAAGCGCCCGGGAGAAAUUCCAACAGGCCGCUGACCUCAUUGACGCCGAACAGCGCAUGAAGAAGUCCAUGUGGGGCCAGUUCUGGUCUGCUCACCAGAGAUUUUUUAAAUACCUCUGCAUUGCAUCCAAAGUUAAAAGAGUGGUUCAGCUGGCCCGGGAAGAGAUCAAGAAUGGCAAGGUGAGCGACUUGAGCUCCUGGAAUGACAGAAAACCUAAAAUUCCCAAGGAAAACACACUUGAAUUGCGUGAAUUAAGAGAAGAAAUGACGAGGGAGGUCAAGAAAGCCCGUAAGACUGGCGGCCUGGCCGGGAGCAGUUCUGACGAAAGCUUCAGCGAAUCGGAGGCCUCUGAGAACGAAGAGAGCGACAACGAGAGUUCUCGCUUCUUAAGCUCGGGAGACGACGAUGACUUCAACCCCUUCAGGGACGAAUCUAGCGAAGACGACGAGGACGACCCUUGGCUGAUCCGGAAAGAACACAAGAAAAACAAAGAGAAGAAGAAGAAGAAGAGCAUAGACCCCGACUCCAUUCAGAGUGCCUUACUAGCAUCUGGCCUCGGAUCCAAACGGCCAAGUUCGCUCUCCUCCACAGCCGUAACCCCUCCUACGAAUGUCUCCGGUAAGUCACCCAAAGAGGGUGUCCUCACCUGUUUUGGUUGCCAGGAAGUUUCUGCCUGGCAAAGGAAAGUUCAACCACCUUCCACCACAACCUUCGUCCUGAAUCAAAUCAACCAGCUGCCCACGCUGGGGACGACCCUCGUCAUGUCGAAAACGACCCCCGUGACCAGUACCAGACAGACCAUCACCGUAGCCAAAAUCAUACAGACCAGCACCACCACGCGGCCCUCGGUGACGCUGCCCGUGGCGCGCAACACCCUGACUACUCCCGUGCCCAAGGACCAGAUCCAGCUGAAAGACCUCCUCAAGAACAACAGUCUUAACGAACUGAUGAAACUGAAGCCUCCGCCCAACAUCGCUCCCCCGGUGGCCACCGCGGCGACCGAUAUGAGUAACGGUGCUGUUAAAAAGGAGACUUCAACUAAAGAGGUCACCAGGAUCUGGGUAAACGAUCUAAAAAUGAGAAGCUUCUCUCCUACCAUGAAAGUGCCCGUCACAAAAGAGGAAGAAGAACCGGAGGAAGAGGACGAAGAAGAAAUGGGCCACGCGGAGACCUACGCCGAAUAUAUGCCCAUAAAAUUAAAAACCGGCUUGCGCCAUCCUGAUCCGGUGGUGGAAACCAGUUCCCUCUCCAGCGUGACCCCUCCUGAAGUAUGGUACAAAUCCUCCAUUCCGGAAGAAAGCAUCGACAGUGGUUGGCUUUCAGCCUUGCAGCUCGAAGCAAUUACUUACGCGGCACAGCAACACGAGACAUUCCUACCAAACGGAGACCGAGCUGGCUUUUUGAUAGGCGACGGUGCCGGUGUAGGGAAAGGAAGGACCAUCGCCGGCAUCAUUUAUGAAAACUACCUCUUGGGUAGAAAAAGGGCAGUCUGGUUUAGCGUUUCAAACGACCUGAAAUACGAUGCCGAAAGGGACUUGAGAGACAUUGGCGCCAAAAACAUUUUGGUCCAUUCAUUAAACAAGUAUGGCCGAAAUGCGUUGGAAAUAGUCAUGAAGUCCAUUGUGAAUUUGGAUUCCCCGCUAGUGUCUCCACCAGCAGAUUAUCCAGGAGAGUUUUUUAAAGAUGUAAGGCAAGGUUUGAUAGGUGUCGGCCUAAUCAAUGUCGAGGACCGGUCUGGAAUUCUUACUCUUGACAAAGAUUAUAACAAUAUUGGGAAAUUCCUGAAUCGGAUCCUGGGCAUGGAAGUCCACCAACAGAACGCGCUUUUCCAGUAUUUCUCAGACACGCUAAACGCAGUCAUCCACAAUGCCAAGAAGAACGGGAGAUACGACAUGGGCAUCUUAGAUUUGGGAUCGGGAGAUGAAAAAGUGAGGAAAGCAGACGCUAAAAAAUUUCUAACCCCAGGCUAUUCUACCUCUGGACAUGUCGAAUUGUACACCAUAAGCGUGGAGAGAGGCAUGUCUUGGGAGGAAGCAACUAAGCUUUGGAGUGAACAGCGCGGGCCAGAGGACGGGUUUUACUUAUCGCUUCAGAUACGAAACAGUAAGAAAACCGCCAUCCUCAUGAAAGAGGUGAACCCCAAAAAGAAGCUCUUCCUGGUUUAUAGGCCAAAUACCGGGAAACAGUUGAAACUGGAAACCUACUCUGAAAUCAAGAAAAAAUAUAAAAAAGUGUCCUCUGACGAUGCUGUGACUCACUGGGUAGAACAGUACACCUCGUCGGCGGACACAUGCACACAUGCUUACUGGUAA